AUGGCUAAAAUGGGUUUCUCUACUCAGACAAACCCCUUUAGGCCUUCCUCUUUUUCUCCCCCUUAUUUCUGGUUCUGUCGUUCUUGUACUAAUGUUUACUCCUCGUCUUCUCAUACUGUUUGGGCUAGUUCUAGAAAGACCCUCCGAAGGCUGGAGGCUUUCAAACUCGAAACUGCAAGUGGUUCCUUAUCUACUGGAACUCUUAAUGUUGAUUCCCAUCAGUUAAAACGUAGAUCGAGUUAUAGUACCAUGCAACAUGAUGAAAGUCAAAUUCACUAUCAACGAAAAUAUACUUACCCAUCUCCUCACUCGAAGAUGCCUUCUGUGCAUAGAGGGGGAAAAAGGAGAGAGGACGUAAAUGGAGAAGUUUGUGGCAGCAUCGUGACUCUUGGACAUACUGCUGAAGCUUGGGGUAAAGCAGCUGAAGAAUGUAAAAAGAACAAGGCAUUAUUUGCACAUAAAGAAAACAUUGCUGUGAAUCUUAAAACCCUUCCAGAAGAAGAUACUGCAAAAGGAGCUAAGUUGGGAGUCAUAGAAUAUUCAUCUGAGUGUAUCAAAAGAUAUAAAGGAGAUGGAAGUAGACCAAUCAGUAAAGAAAUGGAAUACAGUGUCAAUGUAGGACAAGUCAGGCCGCAUGUUUCCCAUAAUCCUUCCUUUGCCGAUAAUAUUAGAAGUAACAAAGAAUACAUGAAUAAUGGUGAUGGUUCAAUGUCGUUGCAAAAUCGAUCAUUGUUGGAAGGUGCUCUGCCUAAUAGGUUAUUGUUGGAGGAUAAUGUGGAACAUGUGAAAGAUGAAGUUUCCAAAAUCGGCAACGAACUUGGGAUCGAUGAAAUAAAAAAUAAUGCAGGUUAUCAUAAAUGUAUUGUCGCUGACAUUGCUAACGGAACUCAGAUCGAGCAAAUUACUCGCGAAUCCAAGAAUACUUUUGAGAGGCUUCGUACCGUAUACGACAAGGUUCUUGUAGUUGAUAGCAUUUCCGCAGCUAGGGAAGUGGUUGGUUUGCUCACAAAUCAAUACAGGCAUCUUGUUCACGCAUGUGAUACUGAGGCACCGAAGAUUGAUGUCAAGGAGGAGACACCUGUGGACCAUGGAGAAAUUAUAUGUUUUAGUAUAUAUUCUGGUCCAGAUGUCGAUUUUGGCAAUGGAAAAUCUUGUGUCUGGGUGGAUCUUCUUGAUGGUGGUGGCAAGAAUCUCAUGGCCGAGUUUGCUCGAUUUUUUGAGGACUCGUCCAUUAAAAAAGUGUGGCACAAUUACAGCUUUGAUAAUCACAUAGUAGAGAAUUAUGGGCUCAAAGUUUCUGGUUUUUUUGCCGAUACAAUGCACAUGGCUCGGCUGUGGAAUUCAUCUAGGCGAACUGAGGGUGGGUAUUCUUUAGAAGCACUUACAGGUGAUCCCUUUGUCAUGUCUAAUGCUAAGCUGCGCCUUGGUGAAGAGAUGAUUGGUAAAGUAUCAAUGAAAACCAUCUUUGGCAGGAAAAAAUUGAAAAAAGAUGGAUCUGAGGGAAAAAUAAUGGUCAUCCCGCCAGUUGAAGAGCUGCAAAGAGUUGAGCGAAAACUAUGGAUUUGUUAUUCUGCUUUAGAUUCAAUGAGCACACUGAAGCUAUAUGAAAGUUUGAGGAGUAAACUGUCUAAAAUGCCUUGGAAUCUUGAUGGAGUUGCGAAAGGAUCAAUGUUCAACUUCUAUGAGAAAUAUUGGCGUCCAUUUGGUGAGCUUCUAGUAAAAAUGGAAACCGAGGGAAUGUUGGUUGAUCGUGCCUAUCUUGCUGAGGUUGAAAAGGUGGCUAAAGCAGAACAGCAAGUUGCCGCUGAUAGAUUUCGCAAGUGGGCAUCCAAACACUGCCCAGAUGCUCAGUACAUGAAUGUGGGUAGUGAUGCACAGUUGCGCCAAUUCUUUUUUGGUGGUAUUCAGAACAGAAGAAAUGCAAAUGAGUUUCUUCCACUAGAGAAGGAUUUCAAAAUUCCGAACACAGACAAAAUAAUUGAAGAAGGCAAGAAGACUCCAACAAAAUAUCGCAAAAUUACACUGCAUAAGCCCCUUGAUGUUAAUAUAGAGGCUGAUGUUUACACUGCAAGUGGUUGGCCUUCUGUUAGUGGUGGUGUUUUAAAGAAUCUUGCUGGGAAGGUUUCUGUUGAUUAUGACUUCAUGGAUGAAGAGAGUGUUGAAGAAGUUCCUAAUGCAGGGGUUGGUGAAGCUUUCAAGAACCCUGAUAAGUCUGAUUAUGGAGCAGCUUACACUGCAUUUGGUGGUGGGCAGGCUGGAGUUGAGGCUUGCCAUGCCAUUGCUGCUUUAUGUGAAGUUUGUUCAAUAGACUCUUUGAUAUCCAACUUUAUUCUACCCUUGCAGGGUAAUCAUAUAUCAGGCAAGGAUUGGCGAAUCCAUUGUUCACUGAAUAUUAACACAGAAACUGGUCGCUUGUCUGCCAGAAGACCGAAUUUGCAGAACCAACCUGCUUUAGAGAAAGACCGGUAUAAGAUUCGUCAGGCAUUUAUAGCUGCACCUGACAACUCUCUGAUAGUUGCUGAUUAUGGNUUCUUAUGUGGAGACUUCCAUUCAAGGACUGCAAUGAACAUGUAUCCGCACAUUCGUGAAGCUGUUGAACAGAAGCACGUGCUUCUCGAGUGGCAUCCUGAACCUGGUGAAGAUAAGCCUCCAGCUCCUUUACUAAAGGAUGCUUUUGCUUCUGAAAGACGAAAAGCCAAGAUGCUUAACUUUUCCAUUGCAUACGGGAAAACUACGGUGGGGCUUGCCCGUGAUUGGAAGGUUUCUAUCAAGGAAGCCAAGGAAACAGUUGAUCGCUGGUAUAGUGAUCGGCAAGAAGUAUUGUCUUGGCAGGAAAAACGCAAAAAAGAAGCAGUUGUAAAUGGGUGUGUUCACACAUUGUUAGGACGGGCUCGCAUGUUCCCAUCUUUGAGAAAUGCAACUCCAUGGCACAAGAAUCAUAUUGAACGGGCUGCCAUCAAUACCCCAGUGCAGGGAAGUGCUGCUGAUGUUGCAAUGUGUGCUAUGUUAGAGAUAUCAAAGAAUGCACAACUGAAGGAGCUUGGAUGGAGGCUUCUUUUGCAGGUUCACGACGAAGUGAUACUGGAAGGGCCCACAGAGUCUGCUGAGGUCGCCAAGGCCAUUGUGGUUGACUGCAUGUCGAAACCUUUUGAUGGAAAGAAUAUCCUUAACGUUGAUUUAUCUGUUGACGCCAAAUGUGCGAAGAACUGGUAUUCAGCCAAGUAG